AUGCUGGACGGCCUGAAGAUGGAGGAGAAUUUCCAAAGUGCGAUUGAGACCUCGGCCUCUUUCUCCUCGUUGCUGGGUGAGUGCCCCAAGUCUGUCUGCGAGGGCUGUCAGCGGGUCAUCUUGGACAGGUUUCUUCUGCGGCUCAACGACAGCUUCUGGCACGAGCAGUGCGUGCAGUGCGCCUCCUGCAAAGAGCCCCUAGAGACCACCUGCUUCUACAGGGACAAGAAGCUCUACUGCAAGUAUGACUAUGAAAAGCUGUUUGCUGUCAAAUGUGGGGGCUGCUUUGAGGCCAUCGCACCCAACGAGUUUGUUAUGCGGGCCCAGAAGAGUGUAUACCACCUGAGCUGCUUCUGCUGCUGUGUCUGCGAGCGACAGCUUCAGAAGGGUGAUGAAUUUGUCCUGAAGGAGGGGCAGCUGCUCUGCAAAGGGGACUACGAGAAGGAACGGGAGCUGCUCAGCCUGGUGAGCCCGGCAGCCUCAGACUCGGGUAAAAGUGAUGAUGAAGAAAGUCUUUGCAAGUCAGCCCAUGGGGCAGGGAAAGGGGCAGCUGAGGACGGCAAGGAUCAUAAGCGCCCCAAACGUCCCAGGACCAUCUUGACCACCCAACAGAGGAGAGCUUUCAAGGCCUCAUUUGAAGUGUCCUCCAAGCCCUGCAGGAAGGUGAGAGAGACUCUGGCUGCAGAGACAGGGCUGAGCGUCCGUGUUGUUCAGGUGUGGUUUCAGAACCAGAGAGCCAAGAUGAAGAAGUUGGCCAGGCGGCAGCAGCAACAGCAGCAGGAUCAGCAGAGCACCCAGAGGCUGAGUUCUGGUAAGCCAGCAGCUCCUCCUGGCUGCUCCCUGCUGGCAUCCAGCGCUGGGAUGGAAGGGAUCAUGAACCCCUACACGGCUCUACCCACCCCACAACAGCUCCUAGCCAUUGAGCAGAGUGUCUACAGCUCAGACCCCUUCCGGCAGGGUCUCACCCCACCCCAGAUGCCUGGAGACCACAUGCACCCCUAUGAGCCCCUUUUCCAUGACCUGGAUAGCGACGACACCUCCCUCAGCAACCUGGGUGACUGUUUCCUAGCAACCUCCGAAGCCGGGCCCCUGCAGUCCAGAGUGGGAAACCCCAUCGACCACCUGUACUCCAUGCAGAAUUCCUACUUCACCUCUUGA